AUGAGUUUUGGGGGUUGGCUCGAAAUUAUUCAUUCUUUCUCUCGAGUCAAAAAAAAAAUCCCAUUUCUCUCUCUCGCGACAUCGAAGGCGAUUCGCCGAUUCGCCGAUUUCGAAACCGUGAAGGUCCAUAACAUGGAGGAAGAACUUCGAGAUCAGAAAGCACACAUGGACUACUACAACAUGCUCCACUUGGUUUCAGAAGCACAAUUUGGGAUUCCAAAGCUGUGCCCAUGUGGAGCAAUUACGAAGGAGACCGUUGAAGAAGAAGACACAUACGAUUACUUCCCGGGCAAGAGAUAUUUCGUCUGCACACAGUUCACGAACGACGGUUUACAUUUCAGACAACCAUGGGUGAAGGAUAUUCAAGAAGAAGUUGAGAGGCUCAAAGAACGAUAUCACGCACAGGAGAAGGUUCUGCGAGAGUGCCAGGCACUUAAGGUGAGUGAUGAGUUCAUGUUGUGA